AUUAUGAAGUGCGAAGUGGGUGAGACGUAUUAUGAUUUUAUGAUUUAACUUCGAACGAUGAAAGUCUAUUUGAUUUUCAUCACGUUUGGAAAAUUGCUACAUCUGUUCGAGUGUGCAAAGAAAGAUAUAGUAUUUGUUGUAGACAGAUCUGGAAGUUUAACAUCAGACGAUAUAAAUGGAACGAUAGACUUCAUUUAUAAUGUGACGUCAUAUCUCGACAUUGGCUCCGAUAAUGUAAAGAUUUCGAUCGUCACUUUCAAUGACGAAGUGCAAACUGAAAUAAAAUUUAACGAUUACUCUACAAAAGAAGAAUUAUUGUCUGCAAUUGCCAACUUAAAAGGGAUGUCAACAAACGGCGGGACUUAUACUUAUAAUGCAUUGAAUCACGUGCGCAAUAGCACAUUAACGUCUGAUGGGGCACGUGACGAAGCUGAAAAAUUGGUUGUUGUAAUGACCGAUGGGGCGUCAAUUGAUCUCGUAGCAACUAUCGCUAUGGCAGAUAAGCUGCGUAACGAUUUGUCUGCUGAAUUAUUUUCGAUUGCAGUUGGAAGUAAGCCUGACCAAAUCGAAAUAGACGGAAUUGCUAACGACCCAGACAGUUACUACGUGCAUUCUGUUUCCGAUUUUGUAUAUCUUUGUAACAUGAUUCCGUCUUUAGUUCCAAAGCUUGAUGCAGGUGCUGUAGCCAGCGUUGCUAGUGAUUGUCCAUUAGAACCUGGCGUUACAACAGAAGCUGCUGCAGUUCUAGAAGAGACCGAUAGCUCAUCGAGUAAUUGGGUAUGGAUUAUUGCAGCAAUCCUUUCUGCUAUUCUAAUCAUCCUAUUAUUGAUAUGUUGUAUUUUGUUUCUGAAAAAGAAAAAGAGGAAACCAAAGGAGAAAAAUGAAGCAUACCAAAACAUCGAAUUUUCUUCCGACACUCCAGCAGUACAAGGGAAACCUAUAUUUAGAGAACCUUCAAUACUGUCAAACAACGGGUGGACUUCAGGAAUGAACAAAGAGUUGACAGAAUCGUCUAUGUUUACAUUGAAUCGUGAAUCAACAACAUCUCUGAGUUCUAUUAUGUACAGAGAUAUGUUUCAGUUUACACCAGAAUCUAAACCAAAUCAAUGAGUUAAAUAAACUACACAGUGCCGAUGUAAGGUGUCUUAUAUAUGUACAGUCUGAUUCAGUAUUACUUUAUUAACUUUACCUGCUCCAGUUUUGAUUAAACUAAAAUUUAAGGGAAGUUAAAUGUAAUGGUUCAGGUUAUUUUUUAAUCUAAUUUAUAUCGCAAAACAAAAGUUUUCCCUGUACAAUACGUUAUCAUGGACAUUUACUAUAGAUUUCUAUAACAUUUACGACAAAACUCUGUUCAUGUUAAUAUUCUUGCCUGGUUUGAUAGUUAAAAUGUAUCUUAUGUGAAUUUUUGUUAGAAAAUGAUAAUACUUAAUUGUAUUUCAUGAAUUUGUUUUCAAUGUUUAGUACCUUGAAAGACAUGUAUUUAUCUAUGAAAUAAAAACAGUGACUUGGUCGAUCUACAAAUUAAACUCGCAGAAAACUG